CCAGCUGCCUGAGAGAGAGAAAGAGAGAUCCCAAGACAAUCUAGAAGAAGGAGCAGGCAAUUUCCAGCCCUUCAAGCUGAUACACACUCCCCUCAUUACCAGCCACACACACACACAGACACACCCACACACACACACACACACACACACACACACACACUUUUCCUCAGACAGACCACAACCGUGGCAGGUGGCCUCUGCCCAGAUCAGUAGCUGUGGUAGAAGCCAUCUUAACUGAGGUUUGAGCUGAGGUUUGGAUCCUCCCUGACCAUUCGAGCGUGAGCAGAGUUAGGAGAGCUGGAGCUUCACUUUCUUUCCCAGUGCUGAGAGACCGCACGCCAGGCACGAGGCUCCCCACUCCUCCCCUCUCCCACUCUGCCUUUUCCUGGGCUCCCGUCCAGAGAAUGACUGGCUCCAGUGGACCCAAGAGGAGGAACGCAGCCUGAGGAUACAGUACAGCAGCUCCUGCCUGCCUGCUUGCUUGCCUGCCUGCUGGGACACACAAAUGCAUUGAGGUUUUACAAAUCAGCUCCAACACCUUUGUGGGAUUCAUAGACUUAUUAUUUUUUAUUUAUUUAUUUAUUUUUCCUGUCAUCACAUCAGAAAGACUGGAUCUAAGCUGGGCGCACAGACAGACAAACAAACAGACGGACUGACAUAUGGACAGAGAGCAGUGGGCACUGCGGCGUGAAUGUAGCAACUGGACUUCUCUUCUCCCUGGUUACUAAGACCAAACACGGAUAAUAGCCAGAGCACUAUCCUGUCCACUGAGGUAGUGGGUGGAUGCAGCUUUCAUCACACUGCUAUAGGGGAAAGCAGAGACUGUAUAGAAGCUGCAGAUAUAGAUCUAGUUGAUCCACACUGUGGUGAUAGCCAGAAAAUGGACUGUUACCUCCAGGUGGACUUUUGCUGGAUUGCUAUCUCUGUUUAGACACUGUUUGCAGGAACUUGCAGAGCAAAGACUUUCUUUCUUUUCAUGGACUUUGCAGCCCAUGCUGAGUGGACCUGCAGGAUUUCUGUGUAGAUGAACGUGGAGUGUGUGUCUCAAUGAGGAUGGCAGAGCGCAUAAGGACUGUGUAUCUGUCACUGAUGCUGCUGUAUCUUGUUCUGCUGGGCACGGCUCGCACGGCGCACAGCAUCUACCCAAGGAUACGGCUCUCACACAAAGAACUUUGGCAGCUGAACAGGACCUGGGUGUUCCAAGGACAUGGAGCGUCUCUUCAGCCUCAGACCAUGCUGCUGGACGAGGGCCACGAGAGGCUUUAUGUUGGGGCCAAGAAUACUUUGUUCUCCCUUAGCCUGGAUCGGGUCAACACACACCACAGAGAGAUCCAGUGGGCCAGCACAGAAUCUCAGAUCGAGGAGUGUUUGAUGAAGGGGAGGGAAAAGUCGGAGUGUGCUAACUACAUCAAGGUCUUGCAACAGUACAACCAGACCCAUCUGCUGGUCUGUGGGACUGGAGCCUUCAAUCCCACCUGUGCCUUGGUCGGAGUGGGACACACGGGGCAGGACAGGCUGUUUGCUCUUGACGAGGACAGCAUCAUGAGUGGCAGAGGACGCUGUCCAUAUGACCCCAACAGUCCCUGCACGUCUACGCUCUCCAGAGGAGAGCUGUACAUUGGCCUGUACACAGACUACUGGGAGAACGAUGGUGCUUUCUGUCGACUUAACAACCAGACCUACACGCGCACUGAGAGAGAUGACAGGCAGCAACUCAACGAACCUAAAUUUGUCGGGUCAGCAGUUAUUCCCGACAACGAUGACAGGGACGAUGAUAAAGUUUACUUCUUCUUCACUGAGCGAGAGAUGGAUGCCGAGGGAGUGAACAAGGCUGUGUACACUCGCGUGGGGAGAGUCUGUGCGAAUGACCAAGGAGGGCAGAGAAUGCUGGUGAAUAGAUGGAGCUCCUUCCUGAAAACUCGCCUCAUCUGCUCUGUGGCUGGAUCCAAUGGCAUUGAUACACACUUCGAUGAGCUCGAGGAUGUGUUUGUGCUCAAGAACAAGGAUGGAAAAAACCCAGAGAUCUUUGGCCUCUUUAGCACAACAAGCGCUGUGUUCAAGGGCUAUGCGGUGUGUGUCUAUCACAUGGAUGAUAUCAGAGCAGCCUUUAACGGUCCAUUUGCCUACCGAGAGAGACCUGAGCAUCACUGGACUCCCUAUGAGGACAGAGUCCCCUACCCUCGACCUGGAUCUUGUGCCAGUAAAGUGAACGGCGGUGGCUUCUCCAGCUCGAAGGAGUUUCCUGACGAGGUUCUGCGGUUUGUGCGUUCCCAUCCGGUGAUGUAUCGUCCGGUCCUCCCUCAGCACCGUAGACCUGUCCUGCUGCAGACGGAGCCAGGCAGGAGAAAGCUGACCCAGAUUGCUGUGGACAGAGUUCAAGCCCAGGAUGGACACUACCAUGUCCUCUACAUCGGCACUGACGACUCAGUGGUGUUGAAAGUUAUCACCAUCUACAACAAAGACACAGACACUAUGGAGGAGGUGCUGCUGGAAGAACUGCAAGUAUUCAAGGUGCCAGCACCGAUAAAAGAGAUCAUAAUAUCACCUAAAAGGCAACAGCUGUACGUGGGGUCAGAGGUGGGCGUGGCCCAGGUCAGACUGCAUCAGUGUGACCUCUAUGGGUCAGAAUGUGCUGAUUGCUGCCUGGCCAGAGACCCCUACUGCGCCUGGGAUGGAUUAACCUGCUCCAGAUACUACCCUGCUGGAGUCUACACCAAAAGCAGACGAUUCAGGCGGCAGGAUGUUCGCCAUGGCAACGCCGUCCAGCUGUGCAAUGGGCUGCAAAUUGAUGAUGAACAAUGGCACAGAGCGGAGGAGAGAUUGGUGUACGGUGUGGAGAGCAAUAGCACUUUACUCGAGUGUGUCCCUCGGUCACUGCAAGCCAAAGUCCUCUGGUUCUUACAGAGAGGCGGAGAGAAACACGAGGUUCGAGGUGAUGAGCGGGUUGUCAUGACCUCCCACGGGCUGCUGUUUUUACGAGUGAGAAGUUCAGAUGCUGGUGUGUACGUGUGCCAGACUGUGGAGCACGGAUACGUGCACACGUUAUUACGUACCACUCUACACGUGCUCAGAGGGGAGAGGGUGGAGUCAACGAUCCACAGGGCUAAUGAUGGGAACGGAGAGAAAGCUGCGCCUCCAUGCCACUCUUCCAUUGGCCCCCCACCAGGCCCGAGCAUCACUCCCAGAGCUCUGUUACCAUCCUCAGUCCCAGGCCCCCACUCCAGGCUGUGGUACAAGGAGUUUCUCCAGCUGAUUGGCUACGGGGAUGCCCAGAGAGUAGAGGAGUACUGCGAGAGAGUGUGGUGCUCUGAUAAAAAACGCAAAAAGACCAAAAGGAGGUAUGUUCCUUCAGGUGGCGAGAAGCGAGGGAAAGGGAGAGGAGAGGAGAACUCCCACCGAGCGCCCAGGCACACCUUGGACACCUGAGGAGAACAGAGACUGACUGCACAUACACACACACGCACACACACACACACAAACACACAGUCUAAAGGUCAGACUCACUCAGUGUUUGCACCAUGUAAAAGGUUUCCACUUUGCUUUCGACAAGAGCAGUACCAGAAAAAACAACAGUAGCAGGCUGUCUAGCUGCUGUAGCUACAUUUAUCACCCAGUAGUUUGACUCUGAUUUUAAAAAGCAACAUUUUUGCCUUUUUUGUGUGUGUGUGUGGUGUAAACUGAUUAUGCGGUGCAGACCCUGGGUUAAUACUACAAACGGCAGUGUCAGAGCAGAGCGAGGCCCUUGGAGGAGAUGGACGACUGAUUUGGCGGCGUUGCCUCUGAUCUGGAGAGACAGAACAUAAUAUUUCAGCUCCUGCGGACUGACCCAGCCCAACCCAGCUGUCAAUCCAAACGCACACAGAGACUGCUACACUAAACCUCUGCCCCGCCUCUCAUUCAGUAAAUCACUACGACAAACUGUAACUGUAUCUAUUAUGAGAGAAAACUAUGUAAAAGGUAAUGGCCUUCUAAUCUUUUUUUGUACUAUGAUAACUUAUUUCCUUUCUACUUUGAGUUCUGUAGUUGUUUUUAGAUGUCAUAAACUGGAACAUAUGUAGUGUUGUUGUUUUUGUACAGUGAAAAAAAUGCCUUGAGCUUUAUGAUACAGCUAAUUUGAUUAUACUGUGGUCAUGGCUGUGGUGUGUGUGUGGUUAUAACGGCCACAAUGCAUACAGUAAGAUGUUGCAAUGCCACUAUUAUGAAUAUUUGAGGCAUGUUUCAGUUAUAAUUAUGCCUUCAAUGGAAAUAAUUCCUAUUUAAGCACUUGUGGAAACUGUUACAGUCGAUAAAAGUGGUCCUAUUGUUGGAUGUUAUUGUUAUUCUAAGUGUCUACAUUUACAUGUACAUUUGUGAUCAAAUGUACCAACAGUAUUGUGUGUAUUGUAUAUUGUAUUUAUCGCAUUCAGGGUGGUCUUUGUGUGCACAUCUGGUAACUAACUGUGUAUUCAAAAAGUCAUCCUUCUCUGCUGGCUGCUCCCUCCUCUUUCCCUCCAUCACCCCUUCAUCUCCCCCCAUGUGUUCAUCUGUAACGAUGCUGCAGAUGGGAUUCAUAAUUACCACCAUGAAACAACAAUGUAGAACACUACAUUUCCUUCAGAAGCAAAAACAAAAAAAGACAAAUAAAUGUUAGGGUGACCAUCCAAGCAUGCCAUUAGCAAAACUGAUGAAUCAGCCUCAUGAAUAUUCACUUCAUCCUGAGAUGACAUCGAACAAUCUGAUGUACCAGGGAAAUGCAUUGUAGUGGGCUGUGCUAACAACAGAGUCUGGAGGAUCACCUCUUUUUCCAUGUCGUGCCUUAUUUAUCUCUUAAUUUUGUCACUUUAGAGUUUUGACCUUGCUGUAUUACCCCCGUAUUCAUGACGGGGUAAAAACAAACGCUUGGUCUAUGUCAAGGCCUUAUAUUGUCACUCAUCAUUCUCCUUGAAUAUUCCUCAACUAAGAGUUUGACGUAGAUUGAAAAUGAUGUGUCUGCUAUACCCCUUAUAAAUACCUGCCAUUAAAAAAAG